CCUCCCUUUCCCAAUUUUCCUCGUCAAAGUCUUCGUCCUCGGGCCCAAAUCUUCUCCAAGCUCUCGCUCCCUCCCUCGCUCCCUCUCCCUCUCUCUUCCUCUCGCUCGCUUGCUUUCUCACCUUCCCUCGUCGCUGCUGCUGCAGCCAGGCCAGAAGACCAUCCACGGCAUUCCGCCAUAUAGCGCCCGUGUCGAGAGACUGCUGCCGCUGCGGCCUGGCUCCCCGGAUCUAACAUGUGUCAAUCGAUCGAUUUCGUCCAGGUGUAGAUUGCGCGACUGCGGGUGCGGAGCUUGAAGUGAAGGAAGCCGCGCGAGCUUCGGUCUUCAUUUUGAGACGGUCGUGUGUCUCGCGCUCUAGGGCACUGGGUGGGUCGGUACGCGUUGUGUGUGCAUCGAACCUUCCUGUCACGACCGUGGUUUUGGAGGCUGCUGCGUCAUUUUGGCUUUUGCGUGCGAGUAGUGGUUUCAUUUGGGUUUUACGAGCUUCUAGGUGGUUGAGCUACAGCUGAGAGUUCGCUGGCUUGAAACGGGAAUAUUGCUACCAGUUACAAGCGCGGACCGAGAUUUCAGGACGAUCAGCGAAAGUGCCCAAUGCUGAGUAUUGAGCAGAGACGGGUGGAGUAGUCUAGAUUCAACUUUAGCAUGAUAGUGGAAGGAUCAGAAUAGGGCCAACCUGCAGUAGGACAAUGAGUUGUCUCGGUGGUACGAAUUUGGCUUCCAAGGAGAGCACAAUUGGUGGAGACAAGGACAGCGGCUACGGCAAGAGUGAUGAUGGAUGGGUCAGCUAUGGGUAUUCAAGUCUGCGAGGUAAAAGGGCUUCCAUGGAGGACUGCUACUCUACAAAGAUAUCUGAGAUUGACGGGAAGACUAUUGGCUUGUUCGGAGUCUUUGAUGGUCACGGCGGAAACCGGGCAGCGGAGUACGUGAAAGAGAAGCUCUUUGAAAACCUGAUGAAUCAUCCAUUGUUUGUGGAAGACACUAAACAGGCCAUAACUGAAACUUACAAGCAAACAGAUCUUGAAUACCUAAGCGCAGAACAUAGUCAGCACAGGGAUGCCGGGUCAACGGCAUCCACAGCUGUCUUGGUCGGAGAGCGCCUCCUUGUUGCAAAUGUCGGAGACUCCAGGGCUGUUAUAUGUAGAGGGGGUAAAGCAUUUGCCCUCUCCAAGGAUCACAAGCCCAAUCGUGACGACGAGCGGCAACGCAUUGAGGAAGCGGGGGGUGUGGUUAUGUGGGCUGGCACCUGGCGUGUAGGAGGUGUACUUGCCGUGUCUCGUGCAUUUGGAGAUAGGCUGUUGAAGCGCUACGUCGUUGCAGAGCCAGAGAUUCAGGAGGAAACCAUCAGAGACGACGUGGAGUUUUUGGUACUGGCAAGUGAUGGUCUGUGGGAUGUAGUAUCCAAUCAGGAUGCUGUGUCGAUGGUCCAAGCUAUUGACAACGCCGAAGAUGCUGCAACAAAAUUGACGUCUGAAGCGUAUGCCAAGGGUAGCGCAGACAACAUCACUUGCGUCGUUGUCCGUUUCCACCAUCCUGCCCAGCGCGUGAAGUGAUUUACAUCAAGCUAUUUUAGCACCCAUGUGUUCGAGGCGUGUUCUAUUGAGGCAAGCGCACCGGUCUUCACAAGGACACCUGGCCUUCGAUGGACCAUAAAGGACGAAACGCUUGUCUCAGGUUUCUUCUACGAAGACCUGUGAUUUCCUGUACGUUAUAGUGACUGUGGGAGGGAGUUUUGAUUCACUGGCUGCUGGGGACUUUCUGGAGCUUGCAAUGGGGCUUCUUGGCCAGUAUAUUAUGAAGGUGGGUAAUCAUUUGUAACUAAAGGAUGAUGGGGUGAAUCUCUACGUUUCUCUCUCUGGCAUACAUGCAAAUCACAGGGAGUUUUCAAGUAUCCCGGGAGAAAGGUCAUUGUUUCCUUCUAUACAUCUUUGGAAUGUGGAAUUAUUCUCCUGGUCAGACAUGUUCAACGAGUUACAUUUAUUUAUUUCAAAUUUCGUCCAACGUGAAGAAACGGAUUAUGCAUGAUCCUUUACAAGGAUCAGAGACUAUAUCUGUAUAUGUUUGGUCUGUACAGAUGUUUUGGGAGUAAGCUCAAUUUUGUGUUGAAUAUGAUACUUUAUAUGCGAAAGAGGGCACGAUUUGUGCGGGCCGGCAGGGGGUAGUUCCCGCUUCUUUGAGCUUACGCUUGGAUCGUUCAGUUCCAUGUGUACUGUGGAGAACAAAUUAAUAAGUUUCAGAUUUUCUAAUCUUUCCAGUCUUGAGG